AACUUGAUGAGCGCAGCUUAUCUACAGCACAAAAGUCUGAAGCGUAAGCUCAUAUUUUCUAUUCCUUAUUCGCUUGCAGAUUGAGCAAAAGUUUGUCGGAACUAUUGUUUUAUGGCGACGGCGACAGCAACAGCGACUGUAUCAGUGGCCGCCGCAGCUGCUUCUAGGAUUAUAAGAGGUCGCGGAUUGAGUCUGGGCGUCUGCAGUCGCCUGGGAAUCAAUAUGGUUCGCAAUCGUUCAUUUAUUAUCAAGACCGCGACGCCCUUUUCACCAAGGCACCAUCGCUUCUCCUGUUUUUGCACCAUUGCUAAUGUUAAUGUGAAUGCGGAAGAGCCCACAUCAGUUUCCGCCGGCACUACCACCACGAGCACCGUGUCUGAAUCGGAAUCGAAUAAGGAUGGUGGUAGUAUAAGAGAUGCAGCCAACAUGCUCGACGUAAGGGUUGGCCGAAUCAUCAAAGCUUGGAGGCAUGAGGAGGCAGAUACCCUUUACGUGGAGGAGGUAGAUGUGGGCGAGGCUGAACCACGUAUCAUCUGUAGUGGGCUUGUGAAGUACAUCCCUCUCGACCAUCUCCAGGAUAGGAAAGUGGUGGUGCUUGCUAACCUUAAGCCCAGGAAUAUGCGUGGGGUGAAGUCAAGUGGAAUGCUCAUGGCUGCUUCUGAUGCUUCUCAUGAGAAUGUUGAGCUCCUUGAGCCUCCUGAAGGUUCAAUUCCAGGGGAAAGGAUUUGGUUUGGCGCUGAAGACGACCAACAAAAUCAACCUGAUCCUGCCACUCCUAACCAGGUUCAAAAGAAAAAGAUUUGGGAAUCAGUGCAGCCUCAUCUCAAGACAGAUGAUUCUUGCGUGGCUAUGCUUGGGGAGCAUUUGAUGCGGACUUCUGCAGGUGUGGUGGGUUGCAGAUCUCUGAAGAAUGCAAAUAUCUCUUGACUGAGCUUGAAUUCACUCCACUUAGUGUUUCACUACUUCGUGGUACAAAUUUUUUCAUGGCUUCCUUUUCUUCUUCCUUGUCUUGCUCGGCAAAGUUAAUGUUGAUAUUAGCGUGCGUUUGCUGCAAAUUCCUGAUGCUCAUGGGUUUAUCAACUGUGUUUUGUCCUUAUGGUGACAUAUCUUUGAAUUAUUUACGAGUUAGUUCAGACAGACUUCUUAUGUCAGGUUGUCAAUAGAAAAUGGAAUUAACCUUCUUAAGAAAAUCCUGUUAUUAUAGUAA